AUGUUUCAAGACAAUUCCAUACAAAUCUAUGAAUGGACAACAUUCCGGUAUUUGACUCCGGAAGGUGGUAUACCCAUAGCCAUAUCCGAUCAGGCUUACGUAUCACUAUCACGAGAAUGGGCGGUCCCAGAGGAUUCCGACUUCUUCAUCAAUGCAGGUCGCCUCGAAGACGGCCAAGAUGGCUUCAUUUUCGUCGACAUGUCGCAGCUGCAGCCUGACAGCGAGGAGGCCCCCACAAGAUGUGUCAAGCAGUUGCUCGAGAGCAAUGUGAAGAGAGUGCUGGGCUUGCACAAGUCCUCGCUCCUGUUCCUGGACAGCAGGGGUUGGAUUUGCUCUGUGCUUAAGAAUCUCCCCGAUGCGAAGAGCUACACAAGGCAUUUCUUUGUGCCGCCAACCUGGAUGGCAGAGACGGGUUUUCUCAUCAAGAUUGUCUCCAAGAGCAGCGUUUCUCUUGUUCAUAGGGAUGAGCUGGUUGUUUUUUGA